AUGAUCGGCAAGUGGCGAUUUUUGAUUGAUGAACAUGAGAAAUCUUGCCGCUCUGGAACCGCGAACGUGUUGGAGGAUGGACAAGGAUCCCGGUCAUGGCUUAGGGAAGGAAUUCCUGACUUACGGCGCGCUCACCGCUUUCAAUUGGGGCAAGAACAGUUUCAUAUCACCUCUCCACAGCCUAACAACUCUCCCAUCGACGACCCAAACCACUCGCAUCAGUUCCUGCGCGUUGCGCUGCUAAACCUCUCUUCUACUCAGAAUAUCUGUCUUGAAGCAGAGCGUGUACAACACUCAGCAACAAGAAUCAUCGACGCCCAUGCACCCUCCCCAAUCGAGAUCUCUCGCAUUCCAGCAGUCUCUUCCGCUCCUUCCAUAGGUGACCCAGACCCCCGCACGUUCCUCCCCUGCAGAGUCUCUACAAAUUCGUCCGAUACGCUCCACCAUUUCUUGAUGGAUUUGGUCAUUACAAGGCAUGUUCUGCAGCCUGUGGAGCGUGGACUGCAGGGGCGUUGA